AUGUCGUAUCUCCCCAAAGAGGCCAUCAAUCUCACGGGCGGCUGUUACUGCCAUGCCAUCCGAUACACUGUCAGAGUUCCAGCCUGGGCUAACCGCCCUGCUGUUCCUGGCGCCCUCGAGACUCCUAUCUCGGCAACCGAAAAGAUCCAAACGAGACUUCCUUUGAUUGACAUCGACCAUUGUGGCGAUUGCCGACGUCAAGCUGGCUGUUUAGUUCAAUGUUGGCUCAUAGUCCCCGUCGACUGGGUGGAAUGGGACGUGCAACCGAAAGAAACUGCGGGCAAUGGGCAUAUUCUUCGUUUGUCUACCCGCGACGCUGUUGGUCCUGCCAGUGAGACUGAAAGCUCUUCCUCGAGUUAUGUAUCGCGCUUUUGCUGCACUGAUAGUGCAACGAGGGCGUUCUGCUCACGUUGCGGUACAAACCUCACAUACCUGAACCACGAAUACCUUGAUACGCCAGAGGCAUUUGUCGAUAUUACUGUCGGUAGCCUCGAUCCGGAAUUUAUGAAAUUGGCAAAGCCAGACCGACAUGGCUGGUGGGACUUUGGUGUUGAUUGGAUCAAGACUCUACUGAGAAAGGGAGACGGCGGCUUUCUGAUCAGACACCAUACAGGUGAUGCGGGCGCCUUCGCCGGCCUCACGGUCGACUUCUCGCUAUAUCCUCUCGACACGAUCAAGACGCGCCUCCAGUCGAACCUGACGACGAGCAAACAUGCGUCCAUCCUCCCGCGCCAUACCGUGCAGGGGACGUUGCGGAGCAUGUACGCCGGGCUUCCCUCGGCGCUGCUCGGUUCUAUGCCGUCGGCUGCGUCCUUCUUCGUCGUGUAUGACGGCGUCAAGAGGGCGCUGAUUGAUCCGACGACGCAGUCUUCUUCACGGCAGGCCUCGACGCACAUGCUGGCCUCGUCGCUCGGAGAGAUCGCGGCCUGCGCGAUCCGCGUGCCCACCGAGGUCGUCAAGCAACGGGCCCAGGCCGGGCUUUUUGGUGGCUCGGCCCUGCUCGCGCUGCAGGACAUACUGGGGUUGAGAAAGACCGAUGGCUAUGCGACUAUGGUCCGGGAGCUCUACAGAGGAGGCGGAGUGACUAUCAUGCGCGAGAUACCCUUCACCAUCACCCAGUUCAGCCUGUGGGAAUAUUUCAAGGCUUCUUACUCGGAUCGACAGCACAGACUCACCGGACGCCAUGAAGGCUUGGUCACCGCGUCCGAGAGCGCAAUCUUUGGCAGUGUCGCAGGAGGCAUCGCCGCCGGGUUCACGACACCGCUCGACGUGCUGAAGACGCGCAUCAUGCUCGCUCGCAAGGAGGUAGGCAGUGCCUCUGCUCGUGCCGGCCCCCUCAAAGUACUGCAGCAGAUAUGGAGGGACGAGGGCGCCGCGGGUCUGUUUCGUGGCUUCGUGCCCCGUGUCGGCUGGAUCAGUACGGGCGGCGCAAUCUUUCUCGGCACAUAUCAAUAUGUCUCGAACCUGCUGGGUCCUGAAGACUCUUGA